CUGUGGCGCCGCUAGUGCUCGUGAGUAGCUUUUACCUGAAAGGAGUUUAGCUCCGCGUGAGGACCUUGCAGCUACUUAGCUCGUGAAGCUGAGGCACUGACUGUGUUUUCAGGGGAGCUGCCUGGAGCAGCAGAGUGACCCGGCUGUGCGAAGCAAAGGCAUCCCGUACAGGUCCUGGCCUCAUUUCCUAAUCCCUCAGGUCUUGCUUUUAUCACUAGGAUAUAUAGAUUUACAAUGAAACAUACAAGUGCUCCUGGCUAUAAUGAUGGAACCUGGCUUUUGCCUGAAUAUCGUUCAGAAGAAAGUUUGAUUUGGGAAGUGGAAGGAGAAGAUGACCCAAUGUUGCAGCACGUCUGGCUCGAUGAAGAUGUAGAGACCUUUAAUUUACAAAGGGUAAGCCGAAACGAAAGACUCUGCAGAGACUGCCAGUGCAACAUAUCCAAACUGAACUGCAGGCUCCAAUUAACAGACUUCUGGGGCAUUGUGGGCUGUAUCUUCACUAACCCUUACUGUGCAGCUCUCAUACUAACCCUCGGUUGUGUCGUACCAACCAUUUUAGCCUUCGUCAUGUUUGCUCAUUCACCUCCAGUGGACAUCGAUAUAUCAUACAAUGCCUUUGAAAUCCGAAAUCAUGAGUCUUCUCGACGUUUCGAUGCGCUUACUUUAGCUCUGAAAUCCCAGUUUGGAUCAUGGGGAAGAAGUCGAAGAGAUUUCGCUGAUUUAGCAUCUGAAACAUUGCAGAAACUUAUUUUUGAGCAGUUGCAGCAACUUCGAAACAAUACCUCCCACUCAAGUGAUCUUUCCAAAAGCAAUUAUGCAGAGUCUUUGCUGCAGGGAAGCAGGGAAUAUGAUAAACAACAUACCGUAAUAAGUACUUUGGCUAAUAUUACAACAGAUGAAGUCCACUGCAGGCAACAUAUUACCAAACGUCAAGUAGCUCCGCAUAGACAGCAUAGGAGUACAUAUGUAAAUACGGACACACAAACUCAUGCCCAUUGGAAGAUGGAACUUAUAUUUCUGGCAAGAGGUGAUGACGAAAAUAAUAUUUUUACCAAAGAACGCUUGGUAACUAUUCAUGGCAUUGAACAGAAAAUAAUGAACCACCCUAGAUUUCGGGAGUUCUGUUGGAAACCACACGAGGCUGUGAAGGACCUACCCCUUGGAGCAUAUGCUUAUUGUUCUCCCCCCAGUUCUUUGAUGACUUAUUUCUUUCCAACGGAAAAGAGUGGAAAGAUUUACUAUGAUGGAAUGGGAAAUGAUCUUGCAGAUAUUCAAGGUGCAUUACAGUUGGCUAUUACACACCCCGAGUUCUACUGGUAUGUGGAUGAAGGGCUGACGGCAGAUAACAUGAAAAGUUCACUUCUUCGCAGUGAGAUUUUGUUCGGAGCACCACUUCCUAGCUAUUACUCAGUAGAGGACAGAUGGAAUGAACAACAUAAGAAGUUUAAAGAUUUUGUUGUCACUUAUGCAGGUGUUCUGGCUAAAGAAUCAACCAGCAAGGUGAAAGUCCUUUAUGGUGGAACAGACCUGUUCGAUUAUGAAGUGCGACAAACAUUUAAUAACGAUAUGUUACUGGCAUUAAUCAGCAGUGGCUGUAUAGCUUUGCUAGUCUAUAUCCUUACCUCAUUUUCAGUCUUUUUAUCCUUCUUUGGGAUUACUAGCAUCGGCCUCAGCUGUCUGGUUGCCCUUUUCUUAUACCACAUAGUGUUUGGAGUACAAUACCUUGGGAUUCUGAAUGGGGUUGCUGCCUUCGUCAUUGUCGGUAUCGGCGUUGAUGAUGUGUUUGUGUUCAUUAAUACGUUUCAACAAGCAGAACAUUUAAAAGAUGUCCGGGAACGAAUGAUCCACACAAUCCAGACAGCUGGGAAAGCAACAUUUUUCACAUCCUUCACCACAGCAGCUGCGUAUGCAGCAAAUGUGUUUUCACAGAUCCCAGCUGUCCAUGACUUUGGCCUCUUCAUGUCACUCAUCGUGUCAUGCUGUUGGGUGGCGGUGGUCUUCAUUAUGCCGGCUGCACUUUGCAUUUGGAGUUUUUACAUCUGCCCUGUGGAAAAUUCUUGCCAGGCAAGAUGUCAUCACAGAUGCUCAAAGAAAAGCACGAUUAUGCAAAUCUCUGGGUCUGAACCACGUUCCCAAGUAAACACUGUGCAUGAUUCAUUACCGAACUGUGGACCUGUGCAAUACCUAGAUGAUGACCUUCCUCUGCUGACUGAAGAGGAAGAGUCCGGUGAUGUCCCCUUGGUGUCCGUCCUGCCAGAUGGAGUGUUAGAAAGAGAAGAGAGAACCAGUCGCGGUCACUUGGUCACUCAGCUGCAAGAUGUUUUGUACUUGUGGGUUGCAGUCCCUGCUGUCAAAGCCAGAUGGGGAAUUCUGGCUUUGUAUAUAUUUGUUUUGAUUCUUUCUGUGAUGUUCGCUGUGCAUCUGCCUCCAGCCAGCAGAGCCCCGUUACUGUUCCAACCAGACACGAACAUCCAAGUUCUGCUUGACCUGAAAUACAACCUCAGUGCAGAAGGAAUCUCAUGUGUGAUGUGCUCUGGUCUGUUUCAAGAUAAGCCACGCAGCCUUCAGAAUAACAUCAGAACAUCAUCUGAGAAAAAGAAAAGGGGCCAGACAGUGUUAUCCUGGACUAAAAAGGCCAGUUCUGUGCAAGAAGGGAAUGCAGAUAUCCUGGCAACAGUUUAUGUCAGCAAGUACGAUACUGGUCGGAGACCUGCAAUCUACAGAUUCUCUUUAAAUGCUAGUAUCCCCUCACCAUGGCAACAGCUGUCAUUUGGAAAUGGAGAAGUCCCAUCAUUUCAAGUGUACACAGCUCCCAGUGGCAACUUCACAAAGAAGCUGACAGUCUGUAUGUCACUGGUGGGGUUGCCUGGUUACACCUACUUACAGAAAUGGAUGAUUACAUCAUCAGUCUGUGACAGGAGGAAGAACUGGAAGUUUGACUUCAGCUUUUAUGCAGCAGCAGCAGAGCUUCACCAGACGAGGAAACUUUAUUUUGCACAAAUGCGAAAGGCUCCGUUUCAUAGCAGAAUCUGUCUGGCACCACCUGGCUGUAUUCUUAGUGCAGGACCCGAUGGGCCGAACCAAGGAUUUUUCUACACUCCUUCUGCUAAAGCUAUUCACAAAGAAAAGAAAUCUGUGACAUCUGGUUUCAAUCCUUGCCUUAACGGUGGAUGUGGAAAACCAGCUGUUCGACCUCUGGUGGACACAGGAGCCAUGGUGUUUGUUGUGUUUGGAAUUUUGGGUGUAAAUCGAACAAAGAGUUUUGAUAAUCAUGUCAUUGCUGAUAUGGGCAGUGUUAUUUAUGAUGAAACCUUUGACCUCUUCAAGGAAAUUGAUCAUCUUUGUAAAAUCUGCAAAGCAAUUGCCAACAAUGCUGAGCUGGUGAAGCCCGGAGGUGCCCAGUGUCUACCUUCAGGUUAUAGCAUUUCAUCUUUCCUACAGAUGUUACAUCCCGAAUGUAAGAACAUUCCAGAACCUAAUCUGCUUCCAGGACAGUUGUCUCAUGGAGCUGUUGGAGUGAAAGAUGGCAAGGUUCAAUGGAUCUCCAUGGCUUUUGAAUCUACAACUUAUAAAGGGAAGUCCUCAUUUCAGACAUAUUCAGAUUAUUUGAAAUGGGAAUCAUUUCUUCAAGAUCAAAUCAACCAGCUUCCUCAAACAUCUUCCUUACGUCGUGGAUUCCAGACAUGUGAACACUGGAAGCAAAUUUUCAUGGAAAUUGUUGGUGUCCAGAGUGCUUUAUACGGUCUCAUUCUGUCCAUGGCGAUCUGUGUUGCUGCUGUAGGGAUAUUCACGACUCAUUUCCUGCUGUUGCUACCUGUCCUGCUUACGAUAUUAGGUAAGACGAAUUAG